AUGGAAGAUGAAGAAGAGAAGAUAUCCACUCUUGGCGUGACUGCAGAUCCAGCAGCAGUCUACGAUGUCGUUCAGCACGCAGGACAACUUUUAACCGCCAGAAGCAGUCCUCCAGUAGAGGCAGCAAUAAGGGUUGGUCUGGUCGAUAAAACUAUAGAAUGUUUAAGAGAAUCAGAUAGUUCCAAAACACAACACGAAGCAGCUUGGAUCCUCAGCAUAAUUGCAAGCAGUGAUUCACGAGGCCCGAAGGUUAUCGUCAACGCAGAUGGUAUUCCAGUACUUGUCAAUAAUUUAUCUACUGAAUAUCCAAAUGUAUGUGAAAAAGUUGCUCUCGCUUUAGCUUUCAUUGCAGGGGAUUGCAUUGACUACCGAAAUAAAAUUAUUGAUUGUGCUGUAAUGACAAAGUUUGAUGCUGCUGCAGAUGUAAAUAAGCCGGCUUACCAAUUAGAAAGUGUAGCGAAAUUAAUAAAUAAGGUUUUAAGCUAUCCAAGUUCCCAAUUACCACUUGAGAUUGCAAAAAAGUUAACGGUUUACAUAGUUGAACUCUUGGACCAGGAAAUAUUGACGGUACAAAGUAGUCUAGCUGGAGCUGCAUAUUAUCUGACUAGGAAUGACAAUCCGUCAUAUUUACAGGUUGCUGUGACGUCAGGGUUGUUAGAAAAAGUGGUAAAAUUGUUAUCGAGGAAUGAUUUAAAUGUUCAGAAAGCAGCAAUUCGUGUAUGUCAAAAUGUCUCAAGUUCCGAUUAUAGCCGCUUUACACAAGCUUUAAUUGAUUGUAAUGCACAAGAUCAUUUCGAGCUGUUGUUAAAGACAAAGGAUGUAUAUAUCAUAUUGGACACUAUAAAGGUCAUUUCCAAUAUUGCAACUGGUUCUAUAAACAUAAAGCAACCUGAUAUGCAUAUCGUAAAAGAAAUUUGUUGGGUAAUUGACAAUUUUAUAACUGGAGCAGCAGAGGAUCAGCUUCAACAGCUGUGUGAGAUUGGCAUCGUUGAUUUGCUCUAUAGCAGUCUGCUUAUUAAAAAUCAUAUGAUAAUAAGGCAUUCCCUAGCUGCUCUCUUAAAUCUAAUCGAGGGAACGCUAGAUGAUGAUAUGAAAUUGUCGAUAUGUACUGAUUUCGAUGAUAUAGGAGAACUAUCCGGCUUGGGUUUUAAAGUUGAGUCCAUUAAGCGCGAGUUUUACUUAUUACAAUAA